AUGAACGCAUCGAAACCCUUCUUCGGUCUCACUGGAGCAUGGCUCUCAUUCUGGAUAACAGUAGCAUGCUCCCUCGACAUGAUGUUGUUCGGAUACGACCAAGGCGUCUUCAGCGGGGUGGUCGUCACACAAGACUUCCUCGAGGUCCACGAUCUCGUCGGGCCAACCAAAACCACGACGCUGUCUACCGUCACAGCAAUCUACGACGUCGGCUGCUUUCUCGGCGCCAUCCUGGCCUUCACACUGGGCGAACGCCUCGGCCGGAAGAAGAGCAUCCUGCUAGGGACGACGUUGAUGACCAUCGGUACCGUGCUCCAAGCCUCCUCCUACAGUCUGCCCCAGAUGUUUGUAGGGCGUAUCGUACUUGGAAUGGGAAAUGGCGUCAACACGGCCACGGCGCCCGUCUGGCAGACGGAAACGGCGCAGGUCAAAUGGCGAGGAAAGCUCGUGAUUCUGGAACUGGGUCUGAAUGUCGGCGGGUACUGCGUCGUCAACUGGGUUAAUUACGGACUGUCCUUUCAUGGGGGAUCGCUUGCUUGGAGGCUGCCGAUUGCUCUGCAGCUUUUCUUCAUUGCUGGGCUGUUUAGCACGGUUCCCUGGCUCCCAGAGUCGCCUAGAUGGCUCUUAGCACACGACCGCGACGAGGAGGCGAUCCAAAUCCUCUCCUGCAUCGAGGCCAAGCCCGUCCACGAUCCGUACAUCGAGACCCAGCACGACGAGAUCCGCUUCAGCAUCCAGUACGAGCGCGACAACGCGGUCAGCUGGGGCGAUCUGCUGCGUAGGAACAAGUCCGACGGGACCAAGACGCUGCGGCGGUUGCUACUCGGCGCUGGGACGCAGGCAAUCCAGCAGUUUCAAGGCAUCAACAUCAUGAGCUACUACCUCCCCCUGGUCCUCAUCAACUCCGUCGGCCUGUCCAACACCAAAGCCCGACUCCUGACAGCCUGCAACGCAACAUCCUACUUCGUCUUCUCCUGCAUAACCGUCACCAUGGUCGAGCGCUUCGGCCGCCGCGGCCUAAUGCUGCUCUCCGGGUUCGGGCAGUUCCUCUCGUUCCUGAUUAUCACGAUCCUGCUGCGCUUUGCAGCGGAAAACCCCGUCCUCGGCACCGCCUCGGUGGCCUUCUUCUUCCUGUACCAUGUAGCCUUUGGGGCCGGCAUGCUGGGUGUGCCGUGGCUGUAUCCGACGGAGAUCAACUCGCUGCCGAUGCGGACCAAGGGGGCGGCCGUGGCGACCGCGACGAACUGGUAUGUAUCGCCGGAGGACGAGGGGAGUGUACCGUAG